AUGAACACGCCAGACACAGAGAGUGGCAGCCCCACUAAGUCUACAUCUUCGCCUUUGAAAGCGACUGCCGCCGAGUUCACGCCAUCGCCACAGCCACAACAAUCGGCCGCCUUCGAAUCCUUCUCAUCCUCCCACAAACCAUUCCCGCCACAUCAGCUCUUCAACAUCCGAUCCUCAGCACGUGGAGGCGUUGGCGUGUUCGCAGCUCGGGACAUACCCCUCGGCGCACGUAUCAUCUGCGACUCCCCUCUCUUGAAGAUCCCCACCAACCAGCUGUAUCUAGUCUGGGGCCCUUACUGCAGACUUGGCAAUGACGAGAAGCGCCAGUUCGAUGCACUCUACUUCUGGGAGAAUAACCAGUUGCAUCUCGAGCAGGCGAGUCGCAUGUUUCUGCUUGACCCGACGGACGAAGCUAUUGAGUCGGACGAUGAGGAAGAACUCAUCGCUGAACAUGUCAGAGUUAUGGGCACCUUUGCCGUCAACAACUUCGAGAUGUCCAAAGGCGCACUUGGCCUCUUCCCAAACGCUGCCCGUCUCAAUCACUCUUGCGUUCCGAACGUGCAUCACAGCUACAACCCAACCAUGAACAAGCUCACUGUGCAUGCGGUGCGCGACAUCCGUCAGGGAGAAGAGCUGGUCAUGAACUACAUCGGUCAAGAAUGCCACUUCUGGUCUCAUACGAUGCGAUGGGAAUACCUCCGGGCCAGAUAUGGCUUCACGUGCCAGUGCGAGGCCUGCUCCGACCCCAGCACCACCUCUGACAACAGACACGAAGCAUUGGGAGCCCUGAUCUGGGGCAUCGAAGAGUUCAAGAAGGGUGAGCCACUGGAUGAGCCUCACUUCCUGAUUCCAAGCUCUGGCCCCGAGGCCCUCGCUCAAGCUGAAGGUGUCAUCACGAUACUCCUCCAGCAAGGACUCUUGGCCUUGGAGCUGACUCGAGCCUACCGCCUUGCCUCGUCUCUUGCGAUGGACCUUGGUUACCAUCAGAAAGCGCUGGAGUAUGCGUCAAACGAAGCCGAGGUGGAGAAGAACAUCUUCGGCACGGAGCUGGAUGACCUCAAGAAGAAGGGAGUUGCGAGCGAGGUGUGGAUCAAGAACAUGUAUGCCAUGUUGGAGCAGACCGGUCCAAAGAAGAAGGGGCCUCAUUCGCGAAAGAAGGACGCCGUCUGA